CUUUUGUAGGGAGUAAGUAUUCGGGGGUGGUCGCGAGGGCGGCGGCACGAGCUCCCCCCUACUGGGGCCGUGUGCAAUCCGCGCAUAGACUACGGUGGCUCGCUGCCCUCGCGCACCAUUCGACCUCCGCGCAUCACAGUCUAGGCAACUCAGCCCUGCACUGUACACGCGUCCGGGAGCUCGACUCUCGUAGCGAAUCGACGAACAGGUCCGUGCCCUCGGAAAGUGACGACACAGUUGUUGUAACAUAACAUAACCGGGAGUGAUUUCGCGGCUUCCUCCACAUGUGAACUAUUAUUAGCGGUGCAAUCUCGCUCCAGCGGCGUAACUUUACCUGAACGCCCCAAAUUUGGCGCGUAUGCGCAGCUCUCACGCGCUGCCCGCCCUUCCUCACAACCGUCGCAUACUUUACCCGAACCGCUCGCAUUUGGAGGAAGUCAGCGUUGCUAACAUUUUGUUCGGUACUCCUUGUGACUGUUGAGCAAUAAAGUGAUAAGUUAAGCGAGCACAAUGCCUUUCAAACCAGCAGAUAACCCCAAAUGUCCGAAAUGCGGCAAGUCCGUAUACGCAGCCGAAGAAAGAGUAGCCGGUGGAUUGAAGUGGCACAAGAUGUGCUUCAAAUGCGGACUGUGCCAGAAGUUGCUGGACUCUACCAACUGCUCAGAACAUGAAGGUGAACUAUACUGCAAAGUGUGCCACGCGCGCAAGUUCGGUCCCAAAGGAUACGGCUUCGGCGGUGGCGCUGGUUGCCUAUCCAUGGACGCCGGCGAUCACCUCAAGGCUGAGAAUGCGGAUGUGAGGACCAAUGGCGCAUGCCUGGAGCCUCGUGUCAUCGCUAAGGCUCCGCCUGGCCAGGGAUGUCCGCGUUGCGGCGGCUGCGUUUACGCCGCUGAGCAAAUGUUGGCUCGCGGAAGGGCGUGGCACAGGGAGUGUUUCAAGUGCGGCGAAUGCCACAAACGUCUGGAUUCUACGAACUGUUGCGAAGGCUCUGACAAAGACAUUUACUGCAAAGUGUGUUAUGGAAAGAAGUUUGGCCCCAAGGGUUACGGUUACGGAAAGGGUGCAGGAGUCCUACAAAGUGACCCUUACGCCAACGGUGAUCAGGCUCCAAAAACUACCGUAAUCGACACAGCGGCCAUUCAGGCACCACCUGGCAAAGGUUGCCCAAGAUGUGGCGGUGUUGUGUUCGCUGCUGAACAAGUCUUGGCCAAAGGUCGCGAAUGGCAUCGCAAGUGCUUCAAGUGCCGUGAUUGCACUAAGACCUUGGAUUCCAUCAUAGCUUGCGAUGGGCCAGACUCUGAAGUUUACUGCAAGACUUGCUACGGAAAGAAAUGGGGACCGCACGGUUACGGAUUCGCUUGCGGAUCUGGUUUCCUUCAGACCGACGGUUUGACCGAGGAUGAAAUUUCGGCUAACCGUCCUUUCUACAAUCCGGACACCACAUCGAUCAAGGCGCCCAAAGGUCAGGGAUGCCCCCGAUGCGGUGGAAUGGUCUUUGCGGCGGAACAACAGCUGGCUAAGGGAACAAUGUGGCACAAGAAAUGCUUCAACUGUGCCGAAUGCCAUCGGCCCUUGGAUUCUAUGCUAGCGUGUGAUGGACCCGACAAGGAGAUUCACUGCCGCGCUUGCUACGCUAAGCUCUUCGGGCCCAAGGGAUUCGGAUACGGCCACACCCCCACCCUUGUGUCUUGCGACUCCGAACCCACUGUUACUUAUACUGAACAGUUACCAUUCACUGGACAGAAGGCUGCUAAAGGAAAGGGCUGCCCUCGUUGUGGUUUCCCAGUAUAUGCUGCUGAACAAAUGCACUCCAAGAAUGGCACAUGGCACAGACGGUGCUUCUCAUGUGCGGACUGCCACAGAUCUCUUGAUUCCACCAACUUGAAUGACGGCCCCAACGGUGAAAUUUACUGCCGAGGCUGCUACGGCAGGAACUUCGGACCCAAGGGUGUAGGAUUCGGAAUGGGCGCAGGCACAUUAACCAUGGCUUAAACUAAUUACUAUGAAGCAGGUCUUUAUAGGAACUAAAUAAAAUAGCAUUAAUGGUAGCUUGAAAGGAAUUUAAUCUAUUGACAUAUGCUACCAGUCUGUUGAUCAUACCAUUUAUUAAACUGGCUUUAAUAAUGGUUGAUAUUUAUCCAAUGAGACUAAUAUAAUAGCAGAUAAUAAGUUUAUGAGUGCAAAUAUUUUAUGCUAUGAAAAUAUAAAUUAAAGGUUACAUUCCUUUCAUAUAUGUACAAAUUGGGAUGAAUGUGUCUGGGCCCUUAGUUUAUAGAUUCGUCAUAAAAUAUUAUAGUAGGUACUUAAGAUGAAUAGACUUAAUGUAGUUAUGUAAUGUAAGACGUAUGGAAACUUGUUGAAAAUCUAGAAAAAGUAAAAAAAAUCGAGACAUCGUAAGAAAAAUUAAACAAUGGCAUUGUGAUGAACCUUCAAUAUCGGGUUUUUGAAGGUAAAUCGAAACUAUCCUGUAUAUGUGGAUAAGAUUGCAAAUAAUUGCAAUCGUUUCGACCGACCAGAUCUUACUCUAAAGGUCUGAAGCGUCUAUACAUAUUUUUAUUUCUGUAUAUAAUUUUGUAUCUAUUCGCUUAGGCACAAAAAGCUGUGCUUGAGCAAUUCCUAACUAUUAUAUGCUUUUGAGCUUUUGCUAUGUAACAUGCACUUUAAAUAAUUUUAUAUUAUUAUGUUCACAAUAAGACAGCUUAAUGCAUAUAAAAAUGGACAAUAUAUUAAGUUAUCAUUUGUAUUAAAUACAUUUUUU